AUGGAUUUAUUACAUGCAGCUGAAUGUGGCCUUCUAUCUGUAGUAAAAGACAUAUUAUCCAAUAAUAAAUCACUCAUUCGUUCUUGUCGACAUGAAAAUCGAAGAAACCAUGCUUUCAAUUACGAAUCUUCAGCUAUUCACUAUGCUUCUCGUUCAGGUCAUUACAAUAUUGUGAAAUAUUUAUUAGAACAAAAUCCAACGAUUGUCGACGAUCAUGAUCGCGAUAAUUGGAUAUCAUUGCACUAUGCGUGUUACAAUGGACAUUUAAAUAUCGUCAAACUAUUACUACAAUACAAUGCUAAUGUGAAUAAGAAAGAUCGUUACCACUCUCAAACACCAAUACAGUUUGCUAUGUAUAGACAAUUUGAUGAAAUUGUCUAUUUUUUAGAUCCAAAUAUCAAAUUGACAUAUGACAAUGUUGAUGACGAAUCUAAAACUAAAAAUAUUCCUGUAUUUCGAAAAAAAUCAAAUUUAUUUCUUGGAAGAUAUCGAUUAAAUGAUCAUCAUAUUCAACAAAUUCAAUCAUUUCGAAGUGAUUUACAAUUCGCCGAUAUUGAAUUGAAUGAAGUUGAAGAUGUAGAAUUAUCGAAUCUUCUUGUUCGAAUAGUAAUGACACAUGAUUUUAAGAAGCACAUGAACAAAACAAUAGAAUUAUCAUCAUUAGAAGAAGAUGUCGACGAUUCAUUUUUGAGAUCAUCAUCGACAUCAGCGCAUGAACAUGUGAUGGUUUUUAAGAAUGAAUAA